UAAGAGUUUAUUUUAUUAAACACUAAAGAAUUAUAAUAAAUUGGUGUUAGAUUAAGUAGUUUUGUGUGUGUUGUUUAUGUCGUUUUCGUCUAAAACAGACAUAUUUCAUAUCUAUUUUAGCCGAAUAGUUAUGUCAUAGUCUUUAUGGUAAGUCCACAUAAGAUCUCCAUUAAUUCCUUUGAAGCAGAGAUUUUAUUGUUCCUAUCGACCGGGUAGGAACAAUAAAAUCUUGAAAAAAUAGGAAUUUUACUGUCUGACUAUACUCUGCCUAUAAUUUGAAGUCAGGUCACUUUUUGGUUACACUUGUACAGUCAGCAUCAAAAGUAGCGGAUCAAAUAACGUUUCAUAAGUAUCUACCAUUCUGUAACAGCUUAACAAAAAGUGAUGUAUUUAAUAUAGAACAACAAAGAGUGUAAAAGAUAUACUUUCGAGCGCGAAUUCUAGAAAUUUAUCUAUAUUUGGAAAAGUUAUCCGGAAUAUCAGAUACUUUUGGCGCGUUCUUUCAUCCGCUACUUUUGAUGCUGACUGUACCAGCCAUAUCUAUUCCAGGACGCAAAAUGUGUAAUGUAGUUUUGCUUGGAUUGCAAACGCUAUGUAUUUAUUUAUUUAAUUUUCAGUAACAUUCGCCCAAUCUCAAAGAGGUGGCCGCCUCCUCAUAUUCAAGGGUUACUCCUACAGUCUACAAAAGUUCAACAACAACAUCGGCCAAUGGAGAUGCACCAUGGUCCAGCCCGGCACGGCGAAGAGGUGUACUGCCAAGCUGUUCACAGGAGAGGACUUCCAGGCGAAUUCCUCUGGACCAAAAGGGGCGGCAAACAUCCCCUCCUCCUCUUCUCCGGGUAUACCUACAGCUACCAGAAGGAAAACGCCCUGGGCCGGAUUUCCUGGUACUGUUCCAGGAGGCUGAGGGGCUGCAGAGCGUCGGCCGUGAGCUACGGAACCCGUGUGUUCGCCUACAAGCCUCAUGAUCACCCACCGCCAAAGAUUACUAUGGGGUCCACAGAGACCCAGCAAGAACCUGAUCCUCAUAUAUUAGCUGUUUACACAAAAUCUGAGGCGAAACAUUGAAAUCAUAUCUUCUCAUCAUGCUUUUAAUCGUUGCAUAUCAAUUUACUGUAGGAAUGCUAUAGUUUAAUAACGCUAGAAAAUUAUGCAGAUUCCAUGGUCCUGGAAAAAAAGAGGCUACGGCCGAAAAGUAUUUGGCAUAUUAUAAUUCUUUCCCAAAUGUUCAAUUUUAUCCCGAUUCCCGUAGAACAGUGUGGUAGGUGGUAGCUAGAAAAUCUUGGAUAGUGUAUUUAAAUAUGUACAAAUUUGUUUCUAGGCAAAUGUAAUUGCAGGUAAUAUUAUAUAACGCUAUUGAAUACCUAUUAUAAAGUUUUUCUCCAAUAUGCUCGGAAAUGUUCACCUUAUUGUAGCAAAAAUAGUACGGCAAAUUCUUCGUUAUGGUCAAACUCAAAUAAAAUAAACCAAACCAUUAUUGUCAUGUUUUAGCGGACGGGAAUUUAUUAUUGUAUUGUUUUUUACUUUUUAAAAACGUGCAUCCACUAAGAAAAACGCAAAUAGCCAAUAAUAUAGCCGCGGGCCGCGUCUACUCGACCCGGUCAGCAUCAUUUCAAGCUAUAUGAUAGAGUCGUAGUCGUAGGGCUGCCAUCUCGAAUUCCGCCAAACCCGGACAAAGAUUCAAAAAAACCCGGACGAAUUUGGCGUAAAUCGCAUUUUUUCCCCGGAUGAGUCCGAAAAUAAUAUUUUUAAAAAACAAGACCUUUAAUUUUACAUGUAGUUUUAAUGUGCUUCCUGACAUGAAAAGUGUCCGGGUUUUCCCCGGACACUUCUUGACACCCCCCCCCCCCCACCCCCCGGACGGCCUCCAAACUAGGGCUCGCGGUCGUGUCCGUGAUUCGUGAACCCGUAGCCGUGCGCCCGGUUUCGUGUUUCACGGCAACGGUUUUAUGGUCCGUUCCGCACGUGACAUUCGGCUACGUGAAAUUAGGGUACGUGAAUCCGUGUAAAUCCGUGUAGGCGUGAUCACGGCUUCACGUAUCUUAAGAACACGCCGGUUCGGUCCGCCCGCGACGUUGAGUGAAGAUACGAUGCGGUCUCUAAGAGCUACGAAUAAAAAUGUAUCGUGAGUUUUUUAUUCAAAGCUCUAAUUCCGUUUCAUUACUUUUGAAUUAAAAUUUAUUUCCAUUAGUAAGGCCUUUUAAAUAUUAAUGAGUAAUAAAUGAAAAGAACCAAACAUUGAUUACAAUGAAUAGCUACUGUAAUAAACGGGUUGCUAAAAUACGACAAAUAAUAGGACAGGAAAACUCAUUAUUUGUGCGAUCAUUGCACAAGGUACAUAAAGCUGUAUCUCCGACUCUCGUGUAGGGUUGCCAGAUGGUCGGGAUUUGGCGGGAUUCUCCCGAUUUUUAGCAUGUGUUCCCGAUUCCCGACGAAGUGAAGACUGUCCCGAAAAACAGCUUCACGUUAUAAUAAAACAAUAAUUUCAAGUUCCGAACUGUCGCCGAGCGAACGAGCGAGCGACCCGCGUCAAGGGCGUCUGACUGCGCGCGCGCGGGGCGCGCGUGGCGAGCUGGCGUGAGAUUGUGCGGUGAGGGGUGCGGUGCGGGGCGGGAGCGCGUUUGCCUUACCUCUACACAAAAGAAAGGAAUAGAAUGGGAAUGGAUCUAAUUAAAGCCGAAUUAAUGAUUCGACUCAACUUUGACGAAAACUGCAUGACUUUCAAGUCUAGCUUAAAUAGCGAAAAAGGCCAAGAAAUGGUAAAAUCGGUCAAAAGUAAUAUAAAAUACAUGUGGCAAGCUAAGAAAUAAAUUAUUUCCAUAAAUUUGGUUGAUUAUUGAUACCUAAUAAGUAUAAGUAUGAUAGUAUAGGUAGAUAAUGAGAAGACAUUUUUUUUUAUUUGUUCAAGAUCUCAAAGAAU